AUGUUGCAAUGGAAAACUAUGCCAGGAGAGAUUAUGAAAGUUCGUCAUAGGGUUUCUAAUGAAAUAUUUUUAAUGAAAAAUGUCGAUAGAGAAUCACAUUUAGCUGAACCAUUUUUAUGCGAACUUGAACACAUACAAAUGGUAAAUCAUCAUCCAAAUAUUAUGCGUUUAUACGAAGCAUUUAACUACGAUAGAUGGUCAUAUAUGGUACUCGAAUAUUUUCCAUCGAAUUUAUUGGAAUUUUUGAAACAAAAUAAAAUUCCAAAAAAUCAUGUUGGUUCACUAAUAAAUAGAUGUCCAGAACUUCUGUUUGCUACCUUCAUUGGAAAGACGGUUUGUAAUUACACCAUGGCUGUUGAUAUGUGGUCUAUCGGAGUAACAUUUCUUACCAUGGCUACCAAAAAAAUUUGCUUAUUUGGAAAGGAUGAGGAGGAAAUGUUGAAAUGUAUAAUCAGGAAUCGAGAAGGAAAAGUUUGGUCGAUUUUGAAGAAAAUAGACGGGUUUCUUUCUUACAUGCAUGAAUAUAACGAUUAUCGCAAUAAAAUAUUAGAAAUUGCACCACAGAAUCGUCCUCAGGCUCUGUGGUCAUCUUUGCCGGAAAUUUUGAAUGAACAAGAAAUCGAUUUUGCUAAGGAAUUUUUGCGAUACGAUCCAAAGCAGCGAAUAUCGGCAAGAUCCGCUUUGAGGCAUAAAUAUUUCAAAAAUCUCCGUAAAACAGCAUUACCAGGUGGUCAGUGGGAUGGAUCAAACGUGGUGUUUGAAGUGGACAUCGAUUAG